AUGGCGCACGUCCUCCGGCUGCCCGAAAGCGAGGCAGACCUCCGCGCUUCCUUCGACAUGAUGCCUGCCGUCGUUGUCGUGCAAGACGAAGCCGCCGCUCGGCUCGCCGACGAUGCCAGGGCGGUCGUCCAGUCAGCGAGCACGACCGGGGAGGCACCGCGCUCUUUUCUGGGCCUGUGCCUGUCGCGCCUGAGCGAGCCACGGCCUGGGUGGGUUAGCCUGGCAGAUGUCGCCGAGAUGUCCUUUACCGACAGCGAGAGCACCGUGGAUGCCUCCGCGGUGGAUGACCGCCUCGACCGCGUGGUGCAGAUCUUCUUCACGAGCGGCUCGUCCGGGGCGGCCAAGGGCGUGGCCAAGACGGUCAAGAACCUCGCCGCCAGCACGGCAACCAUGAGGGACCCUCGCCCUGGCUCUACGGUCGGGGUCGUCCUUGGGGGGAAUUUCGCCUCGCUGGCAUCGACGGCGCCGUAUCUCCUCUGGAACAGCGGCAACACUGCCGUCCUGCCCAGCCCCGACUUUUCGUGGACCGCCGUCAUCCGCGCCAUGGAGACCUGUCGGAUCACCGAUAUCAACAUGAUGCGGACGCAGCUUAGCAUACUGUUGGAGAACCGCGAUUUCUCGGUCGAAAAGGUCGCUUCUCGACGGUGUGUUGGUCUUUCCGGGGAGCUCGUCACGAAGGACUUUGUGAACAAGGCUCACGAGGUGCUCCCCGGUACCGUCGUCACGUCUAGAUACGGCAUGUCCGAGGUGACAGGCUUGUUCGGAUGGCCCGGCGGUGUUCCUAACCCCGUCCCCGAUCACGACGGCGUCGCCUCGUGCGGGAUCCCGAUGCCUGGGACCAGGGUCAGGGUUGUCAAUGAGAAGGGGCUUGUCGCUGGGCUAGGUGAGGCGGGGGAGCUGCAUGUUGGCAGCGACGCCACAAUUGAAAGGUACUUUCACAUGCGCCCGGGCGAUAAGGGUGGCAGUGAGAGCUUUUAUGAGGAUGGGUUUGGCCGCUGGUUCAAGACGGGCGACAUUGGUGUGAUUGACAAGGCCGGAUAUGUCUAUGUCGUGGGCCGUAAGAAAGAUCUCAUCAAGAAUGUGACUGGCAUCAUCCAGCCGCACAUGAUCGAGUCCUGUCUCAGCACCGGAUUCAAUGUCCAGACACAAGUAAUCGGGCUCCCCUCUCCAAUGAACGGCGAGGUGCCCUACCCCAUUGUCGACCGCCUCCCCGAAGGGACCAGUCAGGGCGAUAUGAGGGAAUAUUUCAGCAAUGCUGUAGGCUCCAGCUAUUGCCUGGGUACAGUUUUGACACUUGAGCAGCUCGGCAUGAAGAGUUGGCCCUUGACGGUCACUGGGAAAGUCUUAAAGCGGGAGUUGGAGUAUGCGGCAACGGAGUAUAUGCGGAAACACCCGCAGCUCGGGCUUGCCUCGUACACCAUUGCGUCGAGUUAA